AUGUCUCCUUCUACAUCUGAUGCUUCAUCUUCAAGGAUAGCGCACCAUUGUCCGACGUGCACGUGCUCUUCUUCCUCCAACCCAACUUCCUCCAAUGCCGGGUCUACAACCCACCCAAGCCCAACCCAUCAAACGAAUAGUCCAAACCCGAAUCCAAACCCAAACCCGAAACCAAAACCCCCAUUCACAGCCUCCCUCAACCGCAAACCCAACCACACCCACAUCCUACUAAUCACAACCGGCAGCGUAGCAUCCAUCAAAGCGCCCCUCAUCAUCUCCGAGCUCUUAUCCUACCCAAACGUAGCGGUGCAAGUUCUAACCACCAAACCCGCUUUGACGUUUUUUGAUAGAGAGGAUGUGGAGGUGCGGUUAGGCGUGAAUGUGUGGAGUGAUGAAGAUGAAUGGGAUCCAAACUACACACUCAGCUCUCCAAUCCUCCACAUCGAACUCCGACGAUGGGCAGACACAGUCCUAAUCGCCCCCUGCUCAGCCAACACCCUCGCCAAAAUCGCUUCAGGAAUCUGCGACAACACGGUCACCUCCCUUCUCCGCGCCCUCUCUCCCUCAACACCCACAUUCGUCUUCCCGGCUAUGAACACGCUCAUGUACGAGCACCCGUUGACGAAGGAGCAUUUGAGGAUUGUGCAAGAGGUUGUUGGGUAUACAGUCGUAGGACCGAUUGGGAAGAAGUUGGCGUGUGGGGAUGUGGGGAUGGGUGCAAUGACGGAGUGGAGGGAUAUUGUUGGGUUGGUAGUGGAGAAAUUUGGGCUGGUGAAGAAGGCUGGGGAGGGAGAGGGGAAGGGAGAGCAGACCGUGCUGCCAGACAACCCCAAAGUCGAAGUAUCAUAA